UAAAUAUCCGGAAUCGCCUCAGCCACCAAGCAGUUCUCUCGAGAAACCUGAUUCUACACCCUGAAAACAAAAUGUCCGGAAGAGGAAAGACCGGCGGAAAGGCCCGAGCCAAGGCCAAGACCCGCUCGUCCCGCGCCGGCCUCCAGUUCCCCGUGGGCCGCGUCCACAGGCAUCUGAGGAAGGGAAACUACGCCCAGCGCGUCGGCGCCGGGGCCCCGGUGUACCUGGCGGCGGUGCUCGAGUACCUGACCGCUGAGAUCCUCGAGCUGGCCGGAAACGCAGCUCGCGACAACAAGAAGACCCGCAUCAUCCCGCGUCACCUGCAGCUGGCGGUGCGCAACGACGAGGAGCUCAACAAGCUGCUGGGCGGCGUGACCAUCGCGCAGGGCGGCGUGCUGCCCAACAUCCAGGCGGUGCUGCUGCCCAAGAAGACCGAGAAGCCCGCCAAGAAGUAGACCCCCCCCCCCCCC